AUGGCGCGGCUUCCCGUAGGAAGCUCCGAUGUGAGCAGCAUCGAAGCUCCCAUCUCCCUCCGGGCCUACCUGAUCUGUGGAUUUGCAUGCUUUGGCGGUAUCCUCUUCGGAUAUGACUCUGGAUACAUUAGCGGCGUCGAGGGCAUGGCCUAUGUCAAGCAGCAUUUUGGUCACGCUGUGCCAACUAGUGUUGACGUGUCGGGCUACAUGCUUGCGAGUUGGCAGAAGUCCUUGAUCACCUCCAUCCUGUCAGCCGGAACCUUCUUCGGUGCCCUGAUUGGUGGCGAGGCCGCUGAGCGGAUUGGUCGUCGUCUUACUAUCAUGAUCUCUUGUUUCAUCUUCGCAUGUGGUGUCGCUGGCCAGGUGGCCUCGCACACCGUCGCUGGUCUGGUUGUUGGUCGUUUGAUCGCUGGUUUUGGUGUCGGAGGUGUUUCUGCCACCGUCGUUCUGUAUGUUUCCGAGAUUAGUCCUAAGAAGAUUCGUGGUAUGCUGGUCUCCCUAUACCAGUUCGCUAUUACCAUUGGUCUUCUUACGGCAUCGGGUGCGACUCAGGGUACCUCCAACCGGAACGAUUCAGGCUCCUACCGUAUUCCUAUCGCAAUCCAACUCGUUUGGGCCGCUAUUCUCGGCACGGGCUUGUUCUUCCUCCCCGAGUCACCUCGUUACUAUGUCAAGGUUCAGGAGCUCGAGAAGGCUGCUGACGCCUUGUCGCGUGUUCGUGGCCAGCCGGCUGAUUCCCCGCUUAUCCAGGCCGAGCUCGCUGAGAUCAAGGCCAACUGGGAAUACGAGUCUCAACUUACCUCUACAUCGUGGCUGGACUGCUUCAAGGGUGGCCUUAGCAACCCUGGCGGCAACCUCCGUCGUGUCCUGGUUGGUAUCUUCGCGCAGAUGUUCCAACAGUGGACUGGUGUGAACUUCAUCUUCUACUACGGAACUACUUUCUUCCAGUCUGUUGGCAUGUCGAACUCCUUCCUGAUGUCUACUAUCAUGAACAUUGUCAACGUCGCGUCCACCCCCCUCUCAUUCUGGACCAUCGAGCGCUUUGGCCGACGUACUCUGCUUUUGUACGGAGCGGUGGUGAUGUGUUUGUGCGAGUUCAUCGUGGCCAUUGUCGGUACUGCCGAUGAGGGUUCCAAGGCUGCCAACAUGUGCCUGAUCGUCUUCACCUGCCUUUACAUUGCUGCUUUUGCUUCGACUUGGGGACCUUCCUGCUGGGUCCUGGUUGGUGAAAUCUUCCCCCUGCCCAUCCGUGCCAAGGGUGUCGCUCUGUCGACUGCGUCAAACUGGCUCUGGAACUGCAUCAUCGCUAUUGUCACUCCCUAUAUGGUUGACGAGGACAAGGGUAACCUUAAGGUUAAGGUGUUCUUUGUCUGGGGUGGAUGCCUGGUCUUCUGCUUCCUCUUCGCUUAUUUCUGCGUCUCAGAGACCAAGGGCCUCUCGUUGGAGCAGAUUGAUCGCAUGCUCGAGGAGACUACUCCCCGUACUUCGUCUGCCUGGAAGCCUCAUGAUACUUUUGCCCAUGAGAUGGGACUGACUGAGAAGGCCCGCGAGGCCGUCGAGGAGACUGAGGCUGUUUAA